AUGGACAGGAGCCAACUCGACUUCCGAAAGCAACAUGUGCCGGAGAGGGAGAGAAGCUUUGGUCACGCGGGGGGGUUGGCCCUAACGGUGGCAGGUCCCUUGUCCUUCGCCAAGGAAGCCGAGCCAGUAGCACCGCGUCUUGUCACACACGGCAGCCUGGGUUACGGAGGAGGUCGGCCGACCUCCAUGGGAAGACCCACCGGGCAACCUGGAUUGCAAGACGCUAGUGCACGGCCGUUCCCCGAAGAGGAACAAGAGGACAGCAGUCAUAUUCCCGGCAGCAGCAGCAGCAGCAGCAGCCACGGGGGCGGCUUUGGCGAGAUCAACUGCCCUAGCAACAACCUCCCGUCGGAGGGCGUGGCGAUUGCUGCAUGGAAGAGCCUAUCACAGCACCGCCGGUGUAACUCGGCACCCAACAUGCUUACGGCCGGAGAGUCGUGUUCGUCGUCUUCUGCUGCGGGGUCGAGGGCGGUCUCGAACUGGCGCAACAAGAGCGGCUUCUCCUCCGGCGCCCCGGCGCCUGGCCUUCGCGACCACGCUAUCCCCGAGGGUCGGCGGUUCGAGGCGCUAGAACCCCCUCUUCAGCCGAGCAUCGCACCCGACCGGCCGCGGUCUUGGCGUGUCCGCAGCACCGCCCCACCGUGGGGUACCGGGCUCACGUCUGCCAUCGACUUUGGAACGCGGGAUCCAAGGACCCCAGCAGCGGCGGAGUCGGAACAAGGCGUUUUGCCGAUGGAGCAGCGGCCAAUGGACGAGGUAAGCGCCGUCCAGGCGCUCAUGUCGGUGGGCUUGGGGACAUCUGUCGACCUGGGAACGAGGGCUCAGCUGGAGGCUCCAACGACAACGACGGCUGCCGUGACCUCGGGGCCCGAGCAAGCCGGUGUAGCUGCCGCCGGAAGGAACAUCGCCAGUACUCCGCCUGCCUUGGUUGACGCGCCCAAGCCGGUGCACAGCCCCGUGCCUUCCUUGGCACGCCUGAAGCCCUUCGAGGGAGGCGAUGAUGACGAUGACGGCCUCGACAAAGACCUGUGGGUGGUGGUGGAAAAGGGCAGCGUGUGCACCUCCCGGGACUGCACCUACAGGGAUGCGGCACGAAUCGCUUCCAGGAGGCACUACCACUCCAACUGCACCCAUACACACAACGGCGGAGAGAAGAAAGGCAUGGCGUUUCACCACCACCAGCUCGAAAAGGUCCAGAAGCACCAACGGUCGCAUAAGCGAGAGGCCACCAAGAGCGCCCCCUACAAGCGCACGACUCCGGAAGACCAUCAAGCAAUGGAAGGGGCGGGUGUAGAGGGGUACCGUCCGACCGACUGGAACCAAGAGGAGACACGCAAACUGGACGAACUAGUCAACCAACUCGUGGCCCCCGUGACACACGCAUGGCCGAGCAUCGCGCGCUACUUCCCGACAAAGACUGGAAUCCAGUGCCUACUCCACUGGCGCUUCACGCUGAACGACAACGGCAUCAUUCGGGGCAACGGGACCUGGGGAGCCGAGGAAGACGAGCGUCUGCGAAAGCUGGCACCCGUCUUCUCUUCGCCUUCAACCGGACCUCGCUGGGCCAAGAUCGCGGAGGUGAUGCCGGGGAGAACGGCCAAACAGUGCCGUGAGCGAUACAACAACCACGUAGACCCGGGCAUCAAGAAGGACAAGAUUUGGACGGCCGAGGAGGAUGCCCUGGUGAUGCAGUUGCAUGCCGAACACCACAACCAGUUCGCGAAGAUAGCGAGGAACAUUCCCGGCCGGUGCUACGACGACGUCAAGAACAGGUUCAAUCUGCUUGUGAAGCGCCGACAGGUGGCUGUCAAGGCUGCGGAGUCGGGGCUUUCGAACGCAGGGAACAAGUCCCUCAGGCCUACGGUGGAACGCCCGGGUGGUGCGUCGGAACGCCGGUCGCCGCCUCCGUUCGACGGUACCGCAACCGCUGGACUCUUUCAAAAGUCGGGCUUCGGCGAACAAUCGCUCGGGGUCAAAAGAUCCACGCCCGGAAUGCCGGGGCGGUGAAGGUCAGGACAGGACAGGACAGACCGGGCCGGGCCACCAUUGUUAGUAGGUUUGGUAAUUGAAAAUAGCGUCGGGGUUUGUGUGGGAACGAGCGCGGGAGAAACGUGCCUCAUCGUUGUACAGGCUGAAGAAACGACAGACAGGUUGUUUCAGCCCGAAAAGUGUCUGUAGUUGUUGAUACGAUAACGCGAGUGUGUUGCCGUUGUCUUGAAACGCGCCGCUCAUUUACGAGGCCGUCAGACCGCCCAUGCGAGGUGUGCGUGUGUUGGCCUUUUGUUGGCUGUUGGCUCUCUCCUUUUGUUUUGUCGUUCGCUUGUUGUGUGUAGGUUGGGGUUU